AUGAAGACGACCAUGAUGAUGUAUGUUAUCAAAUCUCCUAAUUUAUUAUUUUCCCCUUCUUUUUUCCUGAUAUAUGUUGAAUUUGUGCAAUUAUUGGUCUUCCUCAUAUUUACUAAUUUUAGUUUCUGGGGGGAAUAAGGAAGCUUAAGGUGAUUUUGGUUUGCAACUUACGCAUCUGAUGACAACAAAAAGGUCAGUCAAGCUGCUAGCGCAGUUGUGUCCCAGUGUGUGGACCACUGCUUUCAGGUUAUUCAGUGAAGAUCUCUAGAACAUGAUUAGAAGACAAGGUUGAGUGAAUUGGAAUACCUUUUAGGAACCCGACCAUGCCAUUAUAUGCAUGAGAUGGAAGGGGAAAAUAACCUGAAUCAUGUUGGCGAGGUUGGUCGUUCCACACAUAGAACAUCUAACCCGUCAGUUAUAGUAAGGCACAGAUAAAUGCCAUCUGAGACAAGAGGUACAAAUGCUUGUAAAAGUAGUAAUAUCAGAUAAAUUUUGACUUGACAGUUAUCUUGGCUGUAAUUUUCAGGUACUGAGGGAUGAUUCUCUUCCUGUUUGUAUGCCAGACAAAGUGCACGAUGUAAAAUUGGGUGAUUCCAUUGAGGACAGUCCUGUUACCCAAACAAGUGAUAGCCAGACCAAUCCAGCCUCUGGUUCUAGCAGCAAAGCUGCUACUGUAAGGGGCUUGGAUUCUGCUGAAUUUAGGGGUGGGAGUUCAUUUGGUUCUAAGGGUGCAAUGUCAUUUGCUGCUGCUGCCAUGGCUGGGCUUGCAUCUGCAAACGGUCGGGGGAUCAGGGGAGGCAGAGAUAGGCAGGGACAUCAUCUAUUUGGCUCUAAUGAUCCGCCUAGACUAUUUUUUUCUGCUGGUGGAAAGCAACUUAAUAGGCAUUUAACAAUAUAUCAGGCCAUCCAACGACAACUUGUCCUGGAUGAUGAUGAUGAUGAGAGGUAUGCUGGCAGUGAUUUUGUAUCUAGUGAUGGAAGUAGGCUAUGGAGCGAUAUUUACACCAUCACAUACCGAAGGGCUGACGGCCAAACUGAGAGACCUUCAGCUGGGACUGCGAGUUCGACAACCCCGUCUAAAUCUACAAAAGCAGGUUCCACAUCCAAUUCCAAUAUUGAUUCCUCACUUAAUCGAAUCUCGCUUUUAGAUAGCAUUUUGCAGGGGGAACUUCCCUGUGAUAUGGAAAAAAUCAAUCCCACAUAUAACAUAUUGGCACUACUGCGUGUAUUAGAGGGGUUGAAUCAGCUUGCACCACGUUUACGAAUUCAGGUAGUGACAGACAGUUUCUCUGAAGGGAAGAUUUUGUGUCUAGAUGAGCUGAGUGUCACCGGUGUCAGGGUUCCCCCCGAUGAAUUCAUUAAUAGUAAGCUCACUCCUAAAUUGGCUCGACAAAUCCAGGAUGCGCUUGCACUUUGCAGUGGGAGUCUUCCAUCGUGGUGUUACCAGCUGACAAAAGCAUGCCCAUUUUUGUUUCCUUUUGAGACUCGGCGUCAAUAUUUCUAUUCAACUGCUUUUGGGUUGUCCCGUGCAUUGUAUCGGCUUCAGCAGCAGCAAGGUGCAGAUGGACAUGGAUUGACAAAUGAGAGAGAGGUAAGGGUAGGGAGAUUACAGCGCCAGAAAGUUCGUGUUUCCCGAAACCGUAUUCUGGAUUCUGCUGCAAAAGUCAUGGAGAUGUAUUCAAGCCAAAAGGCUGUCCUCGAAGUAGAAUAUUUUGGUGAAGUUGGCACUGGAUUGGGGCCUACCUUGGAGUUUUAUACCCUUUUAAGUCAUGACCUGCAAAAAGCUGGACUGGGAAUGUGGAGAUAUUCUUCAUCAGAUAAACCUUCCAUGGAAGUUGAUAUAGAUGAACAAAAAGAUGGAAAUGGAAUAGCUAAUAGCGCAUCUGAUCAGGGAUCAAAUGGGUGCGAUACAGGUCUGAUCCAAGCACCCCUUGGCUUGUUCCCUCGUCCUUGGCCUCCAAAUUCUGAUGCUUCUGAUGGUAGUAAAUUGUAUAAAGUAAUUGAGUAUUUUCGAUUGCUUGGGCGUGUGAUGGCUAAAGCUCUUCAAGAUGGGCGGCUUUUGGACCUGCCGCUGUCAACCGCCUUUUAUAAGCUUGUGCUUGGCCAAGAACUUGAUUUGCAUGAUAUUAUUUCUUUUGAUACGGAGCUUGGGAAGACUUUGCAAGAAUUGCAAGCCCUUGUUAGCCGGAAACAUUAUCUGGAAUCCAUUGGUGGCCGUGAUCGCAAUGAAAUAAUUGAUUUACAUUUCCGUGGGGCUCUCAUUGAAAAUCUUUGUUUGGAUUUCACCAUCCCUGGUUAUCCUGAUUACAUUCUGAAACAAGGCGAUGAGAAUGUUGAUGUUAGUAAUUUGGAGGAGUAUAUUUCGCUGGUGGUUGAUGCUACUGUCAGGACUGGGAUUAUGAGGCAGGUGGAUGCAUUUAGGGCUGGGUUUAAUCAGGUGUUUGACGUCUCAAGUCUACAAAUAUUUUCUCCAAAUGAAUUGGAUUAUUUGCUUUGUGGCCGCAGAGAGUUGUGGAAGGCUGAGACACUUGUUGAUCACAUUAAAUUUGACCAUGGAUACACUGCCAAAAGUCCUGCGAUUGUUUAUUUACUUGAGAUUAUGGGGGAAUUUACCCCAGAGCAGCAACGGGCCUUCUGUCAAUUUGUAACUGGUGCUCCUCGUCUUCCCCCUGGUGGUCUGGCAGUGCUGAAUCCAAAGUUGACCAUUGUGAGAAAGCAUUCAUCUACCCCCAGCAACACAACAUCGAAUGGGACUGGGACUUCAGAAUCUGCAGAUGACGACUUGCCAAGUGUGAUGACAUGUGCUAAUUAUUUAAAGCUUCCACCCUAUUCUUCAAAGGAAAUCAUGUACAAGAAACUGCUGUAUGCAAUCAGCGAAGGGCAGGGAUCUUUUGAUUUGUCAUGA